GGAACUCUGUCGAAGGUCCCCUAGUUUACGCCGGGCUUGGAAACAAGUUGCACCAGCAGAAGACCGGAAGCUAUCCUCGCCGUUUUGUUGACAUGAGCUGAAUCAAUGGCGGUCACAAAAAAUGUGCAACUGCUCCGGAGAACCAUAAGAACAACUUAAAUUGUUUCCAGGGUGUCCGCUUAGCGUCACGCCCUGUAUAAUAUGUUUAAAAAGAUGACAGAAUUUGGUCCAGAUUCCGGUGGGCGCGUUAAGGGAAUCACUAUUGUGAAGCCGAUCGUGUUCGGAAACGUCGCUCGCUAUUUCGGGAAGAAGCGAGAGGAAGAUGGGCACACUCAUCAGUGGUCCGUCUAUGUGAAACCUUACAGGAACGAGGAUAUGUCAGCUUAUGUGAAGAAGAUCCAAUUCAAGCUUCACGAAAGCUACGGUAACCCACUCAGAGUGGUGACCAAGCCGCCUUAUGAGAUUACAGAGACGGGCUGGGGGGAGUUUGAAAUCACCAUCAAGAUCGUCUUCAUUGACCCCAACGAGAGAUCCGUGACUCUCUACCAUCUGCUGAAGCUCUUCCAGUCCGACUCCAGCGCCAUGCCGAAGAAAACGGUCGUCUCCGAAUUCUACGACGAAAUGAUUUUCCAGGAUCCGACCGCCAUGAUGCAGCAGCUCCUGACCACGUCGAGGCAGCUCACGCUCGGGGCUUACAAACACGAGACCGAGUUCGGCGAGCUGGAGCUGAGGACCAAGGAGAAAAUGGAGGCGGCCAAGAAGAGAACGAGUCAGGAGAUCAUGGAGCUGAAAGACAAGCUGAAGGCCAGCCGGGAGAACAUCAACCACCUCAAGAUGGAGAUCAGGAGGCUGGAGGAAGAUGGAGACCACAAGGACCACUGACUCAAUAGCGAAUAUUUUGACCAUGCUUAUUUGUUGUAGUCUUUUUUGACAUUUUCUUUUUUUAUUUUAAAGUUGGUCACACUGUUCUUUUUAAGCCUUAAAUUUAUCAAAGGUUGUUGUUCAGGGAAAUGGGAGGAGUUUGUAUUGAUAUUGUAUUUUUUUAACGUACUUUUUAGUAUAUGAACCUUAAAUUCUGUAUCCCGUUGUUUAAAAAAAUAAUAGUAAAAUCGUCGCUAUUGG